GCUCUAAAAGAUAAAUUAGAUAAGCAAGAAAAAAGAAAUAUCCAGUUAGCCGAAGAAUUACGACAGGCCAAAGAAAGCAAUGAUUCGACCCAAAUUGCCAAAAUUACCGCCAUGAUGAAAGAUAAUGAUAAAAAUCAGCAAGCCACCCGUUUAGCCUUGAAAAAAAAUGAAGAGGAAGCCAAAAAGCAAGCCAAAUUAUUGGAGGAAUAUUUUAAAUCGGUGGAGCAAGAUAAACCUUGA